UGACCGGAGAAAAACCCUCGGCCCCGGCUUCUCUAACGAAACCCCCGUGAGCGCUGGAGCGAGGCAGUUCUCCCUGCCGCUCUUGCUGCUGCCAUCUCCAAACUGACAAUAGUCCUGACAGAGAGCCUGGCUUGGACUUUGUAUCUUUUAAAUUUUAUUUUUCCUUUUUCCUGAAUAAGAGCAGAGAGUGCAGAGGAGGGAUUUGAGACUGGAAGCCACCGUGCCGGGGGAUGAGCUCGCAGGCCUGGAGCACCCGGUGUUUGGAAUUAUGGCCUGACAACAGAGUAAUCACCCUUGGGACUGAAUCAGAGCUCUUGGACACCACUGAGGCCAUUGGACACUUCAGGGCUCGCAGCAAGUUACUGCUAGUAGCAGUGAGGUCUCAGCUCCCAGGAAUGAGAAACCUCCAUCCCUGAAGACGCCAGCCCUGGGUUUCAUGUUGCUCUGAGCCUCUGCCCUCACCCUGGCUGGCCCUGCCUGCAAUGGCCCUGUGUCUCAAGCAAGUCUUCAACAAAGACAAAACGUUCCGUCCCCGCAAGAAGUUUGAGCCGGGCACGCAACGCUUUGAGCUGUACAAGAAAGCCCAGGCCUCGCUCAAGUCCGGGCUGGACCUGAAGGCAGUGGUGCAGCUGCCUCCCGGCGAGAGCAUCAACGACUGGAUCGCCGUGCACGUGGUGGACUUCUUCAACCGCAUCAACCUCAUCUACGGCACCAUGUCGGAGUACUGCACCGAGAGGAGCUGCCCCAUCAUGUCCGGGGGGCUCAAGUACGAGUACAGGUGGCAGGACGACUGCAAGUACAAGAAGCCGACCAAGCUGUCGGCCCCACAGUACAUGUGCAUGCUGAUGGACUGGAUUGAGAUGCUCAUUAACAACGAGGACAUCUUCCCCACCAGGAUAGGUGUUCCCUUCCCCAAGCAGUUCCAGCAAGUUUGCACCAAGAUCCUCACCCGCCUCUUCCGUGUCUUUGUCCAUGUCUACAUCCACCACUUUGACAGCAUCAUCAACAUGGGUGCUGAGGCUCAUGUCAACACCUGCUACAAGCACUUUUACUAUUUCAUCAGGGAGUUCAGCCUCAUUGACCACCGGGAGCUGGAGCCUUUGAAAGAAAUGACAGAACGAAUUUGCCACUGAAAUCUUCUGGCAGACGAACUCAGCUGGCUCACUCAGAGCCCGGUGGGACAAGGCACCCUGUGGUGGGAGACCUCUUCCCUAGGACCUGCUCUGGGCAUUCCAGCUCACUGACCUACAAACACUGCAAAACUGCCUCUUCAGGCCACGACUGAAUCCUAAGUUUUCCAAGAACCUCUGGACAGAUUUUUCUUCUUCUAACAGAUCCAAAUCUCUGUUGUAUGGUUCCUGUUUUAGAAAGCCACUGACUCACAGGAGAAUGAGCCAAGUCUGGUUUACUUUUGCACACUCUGAUUUCUAAGACUCAAUCCCAUGUCUGACAUCAAAUUUGCAGCAACCUUCCCUCUUGUUUUGCCCUCAGCUAUAUUGAUCUCCAAAUAUUUUAUUAGCAAUUCCUGCCUGUGAGCAGGUGUGACCUUGGCUACCAGGUGUUACCUUUCCCACAGGCAGUGGGUUUGUGGUGACACCUGAGAUCAGCUGCAAAGCUGGUGGCAUUUCAUCCCACUGCCUUCAUGUGGUUAGUUGUUGAUGUGUUGUUUUUAACCAUGAGCUGUGAAUGUCUCCUUCUGCCCUAAUUCAUGCUUUACCAAAGGGACCAUUUUUCCCUUCAAGGGAUUUUUCACAUUUGCAAGAGAGGACUUGAUGAUGUUCUAAGAAGAAACCAAUACUGAUUGGACUAAUGGCAAGUGCCCCCUUGACCAAGGAGGUGAGCUAGGUCACUAUUCAGUGUGAUCAGCACAGACUACCUGAGAAAGUCUCAAAAACUGGUGAAAAGAAACUGACUAUCUGCAAGCAUACUAUUGCUUCCUGGUCUGUACCAUUACUCCCCUGAAAGGUAUCAUGUCUCAAAAUUUCCUCCCUUUUUGCUUGCAGUGUCUGACAAUUACUGUUGUAUUCCCUGUGCCAUUUUAAUUUUGAUAAAAAUACUUCUAUUUUUCCUUUUUUAUUGUUUUGGGAGAGUGAAAAUCAAUUUCUCUGAGCCACAGAAUUGUUAUGUUUGUGUUUCUUGUUCUUUUCCUGGGAAAGUUUUCUGUAUCUGACACAGAUAAUAUUUAUAGUCUGGGGUUUGCCCACUUUUGGGGUAGGGAGGGGAUGUGGCUAGAAAAUGUAAAUGUUUAGGCCAACGUUAAAGUGCACAAGUGAACUUUUAGUGCUCAAAGCACUUAUUUUGUUCUGAAAAUAUUUUUUUAAAUCUUGUGUACCAGAUGUAUUUUUUUACAUGUUAAUAAAACAGAGGAAAAUGGACACCAAACCUCUUGAUGCAUCAUUCCAAUAUUGUAAAAUAAUGUGUAAAAUAAUCAGUAAAAGUCCAAACAUAUUUGUUCUGUUACUAAUUAAAGAAACAUUAAUAAGCCUGCUGUACUUUAUUCUUCCCUGAUCCAUCUGUAUUAAACAGGCCCAAUGAACAAGGA